AAAUCUGUGCGCCUUGAAUAAAGAAUGGGACUUGGAUUUCGUUCUUAAUUUGGGAGACUAGUAUUGUUUUUGUUCAGCCAUGAGUGAUGAAGAGAAUCUACAGAAACUUUUGCUGAUGGGGUUUACGGAUGAGGACAACAUAAGGGCAGUUUUAAAGUCAUGUAGUUCAGAUGUAAAUGAGGCGAUAUCUGUACUGUCUUCUGAAGGUGUAUAUACUAGAAAUAGUUGCGCUUUUACUCCAGAUAAGAGUAUGAUACGCAGCAAGGAAACUUUAGAAGAUGAAUUUUCCGGGUCAGCAACUGUUUCAUUGGAUGAAAGCUCAGAUCCACUUGAUAAACUAGUUUUGGGGCAUAACAUAAGCAUAGGAUUUUCUUCUCUUGAGUUCAAUAGACUUCAAAGUCGUGUUUUAACAGAACAAUGGGAUAUUCCGUGCCUAAGGUCACAAUCUCUUGGUGUUUGCCUUAUGGGUGCUGUUUAUGAGAUAAAAGUCAAUGGUUUGAAGACAUUCGAUUUAUACCCUGAAGUCCAACGCUUUCUUACUAUAUGUUUGAAGGAGUGUGUUACUAAGCUAAUGACAUCGCAGGCUGUAUUCAAUUGGGAUCGUGAUACUUUGGAAGGUGUACAUAACAUGUUAGAGUUAAUAAUUCGUCUAAUUUGUGAGUAUAUGAGUACAUUAAAAGUGGCCAUUCUUGAAGAGAUCAAAGAAUACAAUGGUAAAGUAAAUGACAAAGAAGAUUCUGUUGAAUCACAACCUUUGAGAGAUAAACAUCUUCAAUCUAUUGGUGUUUUAGGCUGUGGAGCAUUUUUAUUCACUGAACUAUUUCAUAUACUUUCAAUGAUUUUUGACUGUGAGACAAAUUACCAUCAAUUAUGUCGAGAUAGAAAUUGUAAUACUGGAACCUAUGCUGAUCCAUUUAAUGACUGGAGUCAAAUCGCUCAUAAACAUUUGGAAAAUAUCGUCUUUGCUGAGGCAUUACCAACUCCAAGGAAUUUUUAUCUUGUCAAUUUGCUCAAUUGUUUUGGUGUUUAUAAUGGUUUCAGUCUGCUUAGUUGGUUUGCAACUCAAUCCUGGUCUAAUAUAAAUCUUACAUCGAUAUUUCUUCUUCCAAUGGCUAAAUGCUGUGAUUAUUUAACUUUGUAUACUCUGAAAAGUUAUGCAGCCAAGGUUAUGUAUCGUGUUAUUUGGCGUUUAUCAAAUUUAUGUAUAGAAGAUUUUAAAGAUAGAGAUUCACGUAUAUUUGAACUGAUCACCAGCAUUCGAGUUUUAACAUAUCGUUUGGUAGAUUUAAAUGUUGCAGAUAAUCUUGGUUCUUUAUUGACAUCAGAAGAAUGUAGUUUUUGCUUAGGUAGUUUAAUGUUCACUGUUUUUGAACCGAAUUGGGAUGAUGUUAUCUUACGAUAUAACAAAAACAAUUUUAAUCAACAAUUAAACGAUCAAGUAUCAUUGUUUUCUAUUCCUGUAAUUGAUAAAUUACAUUACAGUCUGUUGCUUACAGCUAUAUCACCACCACAAGGUGUAGGUGGUGCAACGUUUAACGGACGUAUGAUGGCUUUAAGAGAACUUAUCCAACAAUUGGAAGUAUCAAAACAAUUUGAAAAUGUUAAUAAUUCAUCUAGUAAUUGGAAUAAAAAUAAUCAAAAAAGAUCACGUCCAAUUGUUUCACUUACAUCAGCUAGUUUAUUAGCUACAGAAAAUGCUGCAUUCUUAGCUAAACGUCAACGGAGACGAGUUUUACGCCUAGAUCAGUUAAUGUUUUGGAUUCAAGAUAACGAAGUGAUAUCCAAAUCUCUACACAAAUUGGAUAAUACAGCGUAUAUGACUACUUUAAAUAACUUUUUCCGUGCUCUUGGUGAGCGUAUUACAAAUGAUGAUUUGACAACUUUGUGGCAUCGAACCUCACAUCAAAAUGGUGCAGCAGUAGAUAAUAUAUUAAAUUUACUCACAGAUUUGGCAUCGUCUCGAUUUACUCAAUCUCAAUUAAAGCAUUUAUUUUUUCUUGUUGAACUGAGCUGGAUGAAUCUAGAUCUACAAGCAAUUUCACAUAACUUUCCUGAUAUUAAAUCUAAUAACAAUCGAAAAUCUAAAACAUCUCUUAUUCAAUUACCUCCUCCUGAUGAGCCAUCUACCAUACGUCAUGCACGUGCAAGACUAUUGAAUAUGAUUGGUAGAAUUGGAAUAUCUUCGAGAGAUCCUAACACAGCUGACAUGUGCAUAGAACUAUUAUGGCGUUUAGCUCAUUCAGAUUAUUCAGAAGAAGCAAAAACUUUUUCCAGACAAAAUUAUAAACCAAAACAAUCAUCACCACAAAAGAUAACUUUUGUAGAUCGUAUUCUUGUUUCACAUGGGCACAAAAUGGACACAACAGAUCCUACUGUAGCGUUGGAAUUUCCAAAAUAUAUGCACCCUGAACCGAUUGAAGCAGCUUUAGCUCAACAGUUAGUUAUUAUUCGUGAAUUUCAUUGUUCAGGUGUAGAGCAAAGAAUACGAGCGAUGCGCUGGUUGUUAGAAGCUGUAGGUCAUAUAAGCAGGAACUCCCUGACAUUUUUUAUGCUAGCCUAUCUAAAAUCCUUAUUGGAAUUCAUAUUGAAAAAUUUUGUUGGAAAAGCUAAACGAGAUCAUCUUCAUGAACUUAAUCGUUCACAUGAAUUGAUUACUCGCGUUGUCGAUUCUUUACUGCAUUAUGAAAAAUGGGCGAUUUCAUCUCAUGGUGAUCUUUUAACUGCAGAUAGUUUGGAUGCACUUGGUUUCAGGCAUAGUGAUGUAAUCAAACGGCAUUUUGACCUUUUGAAUUUCUUACUUCGAAACGCUGAACUAACAUUGAGCGUUGAACGUGCGAAAGCUUUAUGGGAAACAUUGAUUGGUCAAACGCGUGCUGCCCCAUUUGAUCGUGAGGUGAUGUAUUAUUCUACAACUAUUUUCUACUGUUUAUGUGGUUUAAAGUAUUAUUCAAAGACAUUUCUUAGAAGCCAUACUAAUUGCAUUGUAUCUAGCAAUGCAAUUCACCAUACCUAUUUUGUCCCACUUGGCAGUCAUACCCUCAUACCAGUGUUCACAGUGAGAUUGAAAUUUAAUGGUAAUCACUUCAAAUACCAAAACGUUAUUCAUUAAAAUGUUGAGUCUACAUAACAACGCCGUUGUCCAAGACGUAUGAUAUUAUUUGUAAGCGUUCGUAUUUCCCUGUUGUCAAAAUUCAGAAAUUCAUUUAACCAGUCUUUGUUGGUGGGUGUCCGACUUAACUGGAUGGCCUUUUAUUGCUCACAAAUACGAGUUUUAGCGUAUGUUUUUGCAUUGUAUCUACACACAAAUGAGAUUAAAUAGGAAAUAUUUGGUAUUUUAUAUGCUAUGACUUUUGUUAAGUAUGAUGUUCAGAUUAUUGGAUUUAUUUAGAAAAGAGAUAUUAUGUUGUAAUGUCUUAUUCAUAUUCUACUAAUUUACUAUGUGAUCAUUAAAUCCUACUAAUUUUUUUGAAGUGAGAUUGGUUAAACAGUGAAGUUAAUACACUUUAUUUGCU